GUUUGAGAGUCAGUUGGGCAGAGUCUGUUGUGUGGGCAAGACGUGUAGUGAAGCGCCUCCCGUCACCCGUCACUCGCUAGCAGAUGUCCACGACCUCAAGCCAGGAGCCACUAACUGCACAGCGGGUGCAUGGAACAACGAACACACGGGCUUCAGUAAUGUUGCAGCGAGCUAUCUGACAGAGUGAAAUACAGGGACUUUCCCAGUUACAGUAAUGGCAAAAUCAGAAAAUGAAGUGUCGCCGCUGGAAGGCAGAAGGAACGCUGUGGAUGAUAAUAAUAAUAAUAAUAAUAAUAAUAAUAAUAAUAAUAAUAAUAAAUAAUAAUAAUAAUAAUAAUGAAAACAAUCAAAAUGAUGGUGCAAGUAACGGCAAGGCUGUGGCAGGUUCCGGUGGCAAGUAUCAGCUGAGGCCUCGGUCUCUCCAGUCCCGGCGUCGUUCCGACAGUGAGUGGUGUCUCCAGGACUCCCUGAGACACAAACCACGGCCGCCGCCGCUCUCCAGGUACCGCAGGAAGACCGCCAACGCCAGGGAGAGGUAUCGCAUGCGGCAGAUCAACACAGCCUUCGAGAGUUUGCGCGGCGUCUUGCCUUCCUGGGUGUGUAGUAGUCGCGCAGCGUCGGACAUGACUAAGAUCACCACGCUCAGACUGGCGUCUGCUUACAUCAGAUCACUUCAGGAUAUCCUCGAUGGCAAAGCCCAUCAGGGUACUUGCUCCUGGGUCCUCUCCAGCAUCUUGGAAGAUGCCUCCAGCUCUCGCGAACCUCAGACCGACAUUAAAUUCCAAGAAUUCCAACCACAUCUGGAAACCAACAAUCCUCUCAAGAUCCAGCAACCAGCCGUCCACCCGCCUCCUGAGUCCGACUUUGUGUCUUUCCUCUACGGCUCCUCGGAUUCCGAAGUGUACCAGGAUAACCUAGAGACAUUCUCAUACCUGUCACCUAUGUCUGAGACGGAAGCAGUGGCCCUUCUGUUGGGUUCUGAACCACCGCGCAUGUGGAGUGAUGGUCAACACACUCAAGUAGUGUCAUGAUGCUCCUGAUGUAGGCCUGGAUCCUCCUGAUGAAAGCCGGGAUCCACUCGCCUGGAAGGUUGCACCUUUCCUGGGGUGGCAGACGACACUGGUUACGAGGACCUAAGGUCACUUAAAUCUAAAUAAUUUCUAGAGUAAAAAGUGCUAAAGUGUCUGGAAAGUGAGGCCUCCUGACUGUGAUGAAAAAUAAUAUAAAUGCGUGUUGACAGCAACUUAUUUUCUGAUGCUUGUCAAGUUGUGAUGAAAAGUGUCGAAUGUAGUCGAUAGAUAGUGCAAAUUAUGCUUAUGAUAGAUUAUAUUUAAUUAUAUAUUCUUAUAGUAGGUGAAAUUAGCUAUAGAAAUCAAAUCAGAUUUUUUCCGAGAAACAUUAAGCACAGUCCAGAGAGAAUUGAUUCUUCGUAUGAGAAUUCUCCUUCAGAAAGAAAAAUAUAUAUACAACACACCGAAUAUAUUCACGUCUUUUCUUAAUUUAUAUUCCAGUCGAGUGUAACCCCCAAUGAUGCGUGAAGGAAGGUGGGGUCUGUCAAGGAAGAGGGAGGGUCACGCGUCAAGGAAGGUGGGGUUCUGUUAAGGAAGCUGGGUUUAUCAAGGAAGGAUGAGUGAUGCUUGAAGGAAGUUGGGGAUUAACAAGGAAGGAGAAGGGAUGCGUGAAGGAAGGUUAGGGGUCUGUAAAGGAAAGUAUGGUUCUGUCAGAGAAAUUGAGUUUAUCAGUGAUGGAAGAGUGACUCGUGAAGGAAGGUCGGGAAUGAACAUCAAGAAAGAAGGAAGGUGGGGGUAUAUCAAGGAAGAAGUGACGCGUGAAGAAAGAUGAGGAACAUCAAGGUAGAAAGAAGGUGGGGGUAUAUCAAAGAAGAAGUGAUGCGUGAAGAAAGAUGAGGAACAUCAAGGUAGAAAGAAGGUGGGGGUAUACCAAAGGAGUGACGCAUGAAGAAAGAUGGGGAACAUCAAAAAAGAAGGUGGGGGUAUAUCAAGGAAGAAGGAAGGUGGUGUAUUUCAAAGAAGUGACGUGUGAAGGAAGAUGGGGAACAUCAAGGAAGAAGGAAGGUGAAAGUAUAUCAAGGUAGAAAGAAGAUGGGGUAUAUCGAGGAAGAAGGAAGGUGGGGUAUAUCAAGGAAGGAGAAGUGACGCGUGAAGAAAGGUCUGUCAGAAGGAGGAAUCUACUCGGAGUCAACGGUCAUUACGAGACCAACUAACAUUCCUCAAACUUUUUCUCCCUUAGUGAUCUCGCAUCAUUACUUCCAUUCCAGUCCUCGUCAGGUAUCUUUUUUUUUUUUUUGUUACUAAAAAAUCAUUGUACUUAAGUAUUUAAGUGUUGCUUUUGCGAGUUAUUUGUACAGCCAAACUAAAUAAAAAUUUAUGAAUAAAAAUAUCAUGGAUCGAUCUAGAGAACAAAAUUCUAUUGAAAUCAUUAGUAAUUCAUGCGGUUUCUUAAAUUAUUUUUUACUGUAAUUUAGUUAUGACAGGAAAUUUUGCUUUAGUUCCCGCAUAAAUUCCAGAAAAACACAUUGAAAUAAGAAAAAAAUAUUAAUUUGACAAUGGAAAAUUAAAACAGCCUUGUGCAAUCAUCUGUAGAAAGUUCGCAGAUACGAAAGGUCUAAGGCAACUCCAGAGAACUGAAGCAAGUGAUUCUAUUGAUCUACACACACUUUGGAAGGUUUUGUUUUGUUCGUCAGGAAAUAAGACAGGUUCUCCUGACACGGGUCUUUGUCACAUGAUGACAGAGGACUCCCAGAUUUUCUUUUCUGUCUGUCUUCUCCCAUGGAGUCCCAUGACCCGUCUGUCGAAAUCACACAUAAUGAGGAGAGAUAAAAUAAGCACAACUGUAACACAUUGAUAUACCAUUUUGUCACACAUGAACCUACAUUGAGAAAAUAAAAUAAGAGACAGGAAGAACUGCGUAUUUCGCCCUAGAACUGAUGCCCUCUUCAGUAACAGUGCACAGAUAAUAUUGACAAAAUUCUUCCUCUCUUCUGUUUAAUUUUCUCCAUGUAGAUUCGCCUGUUCCAAUGACCUGUGUUUAUCAUACUUGUGUGUAUAUAUUAUUAUAUCUAAUUUCCCAGACAUACACACUCAAAGUGCUGAGACUUUUUAUUUGUAAUUAAGUUAAACAAAAGAGAUUAAGAACCCAUGUAAACACAAAGCAAACGUAUACGUCUUUUAGGUUUUAGAGAAAAAUCUCCCAUUAGCUUUUUCUGUAUUGCAGUUAUUUAAAAUGAGAAGCACAUUAAUGAAAUUAGGAAGAAAAAAACUGAAACCAGUCCUACAUCCUCCCCUCUCGCCUUAGCAUUCUAGUCAGCGCACCCGUGCCAUAGGGAACAUAGGUGGAGGAACCAUAUACCUGAUCCAUUUUCCUUGCAGGCAGACAAUCUGCAAUGACCGGUGAUUCAGAUGUUUGCAAUGAAGAUAAAUAUACAAGCAGUCCACCAAGUCCCUUUUCUUUCCGAAUUCAAAAAAUUAUUGCAACAGUAUGGUAAAAGAUAUGAAAAUGUAGAUCACUGUAUGCAACAGUGUAACUACCAGAGCGUGAAGUUUCCUGACGGAUGUAGUGACAGUGAUAGUCCCAUCAAAUAGCCCCCUACUGACUCUUUCCUGACAUCAAGUCUUUAGAUUUUUAUGAGGAUUUGUGGUAUAAACCUUGGUAAUAAAUACCGACAAGUUGGUUUAGAAAGACACGUAAGCAAACACUAUAACAUAUUUAUUAGAAAACGUUUCGGUCCUGGGACCUUGAUUAAGGUCCCAGGACCGAAACGUUUUCUAAUAAAUAUGUUAUAGUGUUUGCUUACGUGUUUUUCUAAACCAUGAGGAUUUGUGAACGAUUCAUUUUCCAGUCACUAGUGAAGGAAAUUCCAGAACUCAGUGCUGGAAUAAAUGAUGCCAUCGGAAAACUGACACCAAUAAGGAAAUGGCGCAUAGAUUAGAAGGGCUAUGGUCUUCUAAGUGUAUUUUAAGACACAACUUUGAAACUGACUGAAACAUUCAUUAUCUCAGUUAUAAUCCACAGAUAAAAGAAUUUUCAUAUCUAAUACUAUUUUGUUGUAAGAUAAACAUUUAAUAGGAAAAGGACUAUGAGAACUGCCUCAGUACAUUCAACAUGUGUCAUAGUUAGAUAUUAAGUUAUUUUAUUGUUAUUGUGUAAGUCAAAGGGUUUCUAUUUAAUUGUGAGGAAUAAAGAUAUUAAA